AUGGGAGGUCAGUGAACGAACUAUGCUGAACUUGAAAGCAGUCGGUCUCAUAAGGUCGGCAAAAAGAUUGUAAACAUCUCUAAAGACACUAAGUUAAUGGAGCAAAAAUACCUUGAGAAUUUAGUACAAUUAGAGGUUAGAUUCAUGACCGUACUUCCUGCAUUCUUACAGUCCGAUAGUAAGAAGUAUAAAAUAAAAUAUAAUGUAUUCUAUGGCUCUGUGAUGCAAGAAUGGGUGGAAGAAGCCAGCGAUAUUUUCUACACCUCAAAAAGAGUCUUUGAGUUCGAUUAUUGCAUCACACAAGAUGAUCAAAAAAUUUAUGCGAAAAUUAAUUUUGAGACUGAUCAAGGAAAUUUCUUCAAGAAAUCGAUAUUUGGUGAUUCGUCAGAUUAUGACAUCGUUGAUACUCCUCAUGAGCAAGAGUAUUACUACAAGAUGGAAGCGUGAUAUGACCUACACGAGACCUUACUACUUAAAGGGCUUUUUGGAGAUGCUGAAAACUUGAAAUCCAAUAUUCCUAUUGCGGUUGGAGAAAAUUCUGGAUCAGAUUUUGAAGAUAAAUACGAACACUCAGCAUCAAUUAUCAGGGCAUCAAUAGUUGAAAAGUGACAUAAACCAAUGAAAAUUGAAUUUGAGCUGAAUGGGAUGUUCCACUCGGAGAAAUAUCACCUGAUGGUUUCUAUCUACGAGAAGAUAGGAAGCAACAAGCGAAUUGUCUUUGAAACACAACCAACAGCUAGAUCUCCGCCUGUAAAUGGUCGUCCUGGUCUGUUCUAUUUUGGAAAAAUUUGAAUGAAUUCUGAUGUUUUUGAAGCUGAAGUAUUAGGCUCUGUUCACCUAGAUUUUGAGCUCAAGAGAGUAAAAUAUAACAAAAAGGGUAAAGAAAGCACAAAGGUUCUAGGACAUGAUAGUUGCAAACUUAGAAGCAUCAGAAGCCUUGACGAAAGAGUGAAACUUCAGUUGAAUAUUCAGAAAAAGAAAAGCCUAAGAGGAACAUUAAGCUUAGGAAAUCCUCUCUGAACCCCAUUAUUUUCUUUUCUCGAUUACAAGCUUAACUUAGAUUUACAUGUUGUCCCAAUCAUUGCUAUAGAUUACUCUUUAGGUAAUCUUACCUUCGAUAUGGAGAAGAAAUGACUUCACACUUUAAAAGAAGGUGAGGAAAAUGAUUACAUAUCAAUUUUGAGCCAAAUUAACAAGAUAUAUCAGCAUCUGUGACCGUAUGUGCUAGGUUACGGAAUGGGUGGUAAAACUAUUGCCAACCAGAAAAACGCAUCCAACCUGUUUGCUCUAUCUGGAGAUAUGUUUGACCCAAUAGUAGAGAGGGAUGAGCUCGUGGAGAAAUAUAGUGAAGUAUUUAGUAAAAUCAUCCUUUCCCUACCUAUAAAUUAUUCUCCAGUUUUAGAACUUGUGGUACGUAUGGCCAGACAUGAACAGAUGACAGGAAACUCUCAGAAAUUCUUCAGUUUAAUCUAUAUCACCCCUGGUGUAAUUGACGACUUUGAUAACACUACUUCAAUCGCAAAAUGAAUUGGAGACUUGCCAAUGUGAGUAACUGUUAUCCAACUUAAAAAUGAACAGCUGAAUGAGACUAAUGAUAUCAAGACACUUUCACAGAGCUUACGCCCAGAAUUUGAAGAAGCUGAGAGAGAAUUUGUGACCUACUUGGAUUACAGCAAAUUCAAAAACAUUCAAGAUCCAACUAUUUUCGAAGAAAUGCUCGUCAAGGAUAUUCCUAUAAACGUGAAAAGAUAUCUGGCUAGACAAAAUGUGUUCCCUUAUCAGCCUGAUCUUAGCGACUUUGGGACAAAGACAUCUGCAUCUCAGAAAAGAAAGGAAGUCGUUAAAGAGGCUAUGAAUAGCCAGCUUAGUUAUUAUGAUAAAUUUGGACAUCUUUCUCCAAGAGAAAACUGAGAAUACGAGGAAGAGAAAAUUGACCCAAGCUUAAAGAUUCUCAUAGAGGAAGAUAGCACAAAACCGAAAAAUGAUGUGAUCGAAAGAGGAAGCUCUGAAGACAGCAGCCGAGGAUCAUGGCAAUACGAUAAGAGACAUCUUCCAUUUAUCGAUAUUAUGAAAAAGGAUUACCUCAAACUUGCUCCUGAGGAUGAUCCUCCCAUGAGGGAAAAACUUGAUGAAUUCAUCAAAUCUGGAGAAGUCUUUGACAACAGCAAGGAGUAUAUGCUCCAUCUUCUCAGUACAGAGGUUGAGCAAGGAAAUUAACUUAACA